CAUGUAAAAGGCUCAAAAGCGAGUAGUUCGAAUAGUUCACAAGAGAAUAUCGGUAUACCAUUCCCUGCUUGGAUUUAUUGUACGCGCUAUUCGGAUCGACCAAGUUCUGGUCCGCGAUGUCGUCGAACAAAACGAAAAGACUCAAUCCAUCCAAGUGAGGACGAGAAACGACCUCGGACUGCAUUUACGGCUGAACAGUUGGAGCGAUUGAAGGAGCAGUUCAUGGAUAAUCGAUACUUGACAGAGAAACGACGUCAGGAACUAGCUCAUGAACUCGGUCUUAACGAAUCGCAAAUCAAAAUCUGGUUUCAGGUACGCUUUUCACAUCGUUUAUUUCACUGA